AAUUUACAUAAACUGGUCUAAAGCACUUACAAAAUGAUGGGAUGUGAGAAGAGGACAGCAGAUGCCGAGUUUUCCGACCAGAUAUUUUGCCAUAAUGCAGUUCAGUGGAGUGAAGACAACCGAGUUUCAGUGUGUUCAGAAAAGGGUAUUAUUAUUAUGGAGAUGAAGCAUUCACCUCUUCAAUUGGAUAAGAAAUUUCAUUACAACCUGUCACAAAUUCCUAACCCAAAAGAAUCAAACAAUGCUACAAGACUACCACUGGAUGUUUUUAGAUCAUGGAAGACAAAGAGCAGCAACUUUACAGAAGAUGAAUUACAAGAGUUAUUUCUUGACCAUCCAUUGCAUCCAUAUUUGAGUGGACAGGUGGUGAAUCUUGGUUAUGUUCGAGCAAAGUGGUCACCUAAAGGUGCAGACCUGAUGGGGAGGUGUGCAUUGGCUGCUAUCACAGGCAACCACAGUCUAAGUAUUUAUGUGACUGGAAAUGACAGAAAGAAGUUUAAACAGGUAUUUGAUUUGAACUCCAUAUUGUUUAAAAGAUAUGAAGACAGAGUGUCGAAGAAUAUGACCUUCACUGAAUUUAAGGAUGUAAGCUACAAUAUGUUUGCAGUAGAUGCUGCUUGGUCACCAUUGUGUAAUUAUGAAGAUGUCAGUUAUUUCCUGAUGGCAGUGGCAAUGAAAAAUGGUGUGAUACAGCUUUGUAAGGUCCACAUUCCUUUGUGCUCAGAAGAGAAUGUCAGUAUUGUUAGUGAAGUUCACCCUCUGUGUUCUAUUCCCUCAUCUGUUUGUUGGAGCCCUGAACCAUGUAAUGGAAAAGGAUACAUUGCGGUCGGCUAUCAGACCGGCCAGGUGAUGAAUCUGAUAGUGGACUAUAGAAGAAUGGCUGUAGACUCGGUCGCUGGGCUCCAUGACGAGCAAGAUCUCAUCCAAGUGGGAAGUAGCGCCUGGAAAGUUAUGUCAAAGGGGAUGAUGCUUCUCUUGGUAACCAAAGAAAUUCAUGUACUUUCCUUUCUGAUAGACAGUAAAACGGCAGCAGUGUUGAAAAAAAAUUUACAUAUAGGGCAGCACAACUUCUCUGUUACAGGGCUGAUAUCCAUUGGAGAUUUAUUUGUGAUGUCAUCAGAAGAUGGACAAUUACAAACCCUGCAAGCUACAUUCAGUGAAAAUGACGGACAUGUUGAAAUAGGAUUUUCACCAUUAAGUACAGACUUUCAUGAAGUAAGAAAAAUCUUUGGCAUAAGCUGCUCACCAAAUGGAACAUACGUUAUUGUAGCAACUUGGCCCUUAAAAAAGUUUGACUGGAAGUUUAUGAAGAGACGCCCUAUGCAUAUUUACACGCUCCCUCUGAAACCAGAUGCUGAAUCAAGAAAAAGUGCUGAAAAACUCCUAUUGGAUGAAACUGUGCCAAUGAAACAUAUCCCAGAUGUUCUGGAGUAUUUUCGACAGUGCUUGUGGUCAGGAGUCAAUAUUAUCCCCUCCCUAACCAACUUUGUGACACAGACACACAAAUGGUUCUCUAUGAAUGUCAAACUGCUGAGAGUAUUAAGGUAUUUCAUCUUGACAAUUCAGUUGCACAUCCCAGAAACAACAGAUGAAGGAAUAAAUGAAGCUGCCCUGGCCAAAGGCACUGUUUCUGAAUUGUCUGUCAUUAUUAUGCUGAAGUAUUUGGAAAAAGUGUUUGAUACUCUGUUGAGGUCUCAACAGCAGAAGUUUACUCAGACAGAAGUCAAAAUUCUCAGUACAAUGCUCAGAUGGCUUGAAGGGAAAGAAGAAAAGUGUCGCAGUCUAAAGUCUGAACAAGUACAACAGCUGUUGAAGAACAGAGAAUAUUCUGACUGCCCCAUUUGUCACUCAUCUCUAAAAGAAGAAGAAUUGACAUCAUUUUGUCCAAAUGGACACACAUUUGGAAUCUGUUGUUUGACAUUUUUGCCUUGUUCCACAACAUACAGAACCUGUAUUAACUGCAACAGUUUAGCUCUUCCUUUACAGAAUAUCAAAGGUAUAUCCUUUUUGGCUGAUGAGGAAUGUUCUCUAUGUGGAGGAAUGCUUUUUUGAAGAAAGAGUCAUUAGAUGAAAUCUAUUAUCAAUGUAUGAAAAAUUUCAGCAACGUAGAAUAUGAAAAAGAUGCUCAAAGGAGAUCUGGUCAUAUUUUGUCAAAAAAAGUCUGGAUCAAAAGUAAGGUUAUUAUCAAUUCUGUAUGCUAGAGUCGAGUUAUAUUUUUUAAAAGAUUUUCGUCAUAGCCAUGCAAAAUUGUAACUUUUUAGAGAGAGAGAGAGAGAGUGAGAAAGAGAGAGAGCUUUCGUUACAUUUGUGAUGGUGAGAAUAACCACUAUUAUUAUUUUGUAAGCAUGUAAUUUGCAUGUUUAUCAUACAAGUUGCUAUACAUGUAUAUUCAUUUUUGUGAGGCCCCUUGAGGGUUUAUUUGACAUAUUCAUGUUUGUUAUUGUGAUAUCAUAUAUAUGACCAAUUCACCUCUCAAAAUGCUCUAAAUUAUGGUUGUCUGUUGCUUUAAAUUACAAUGUAUGUAAAGAAAACCAAUUCAUUUAUCAGUUAACUUUAAAUUGAAUAUUGCAAUUCAUUUCUUAAGUAUUCCUUACGACUUCAAAUGCACAUACAUCUGAUCAAGUCUUUUCUAUCAAAAAAUGCACUUCUCUACUCUACCUGUCUUGGGCACCUAUCAGGCAAACCUGGUAUAUAUUCAUGUCAAUGAUGAGCAAUAAUGUUCCAAUCAGUCAAAAUUUAGCUUAAUAAUAUUUUUUAUUAUUAUUACAGAAGGGUUUUUUGAAACAGAAGAAUACAUUUAGAAUUUAUUGGAUCUUUACAAAUCCCAACCAUCAAAAGAGUCUCAUUUAUAAACAUCUAGCUCUGGCCUUUUCUAGGGGCAUUCUUACCCUAUAGUGUUUUUAAGGCGUCGAGCUAAUGCUCGGCAGCCUUCUAGCGAUCGUCUGGAUUGGCAACUGUCCAAAAAUUCAUGCACUGCACCGCCUUUUUAAUGCGCAUAAAAAAUAAGUUCCUUGGAGUAUUAAACGUAUUACAAGAUUUGUAUUCCUUUUAUUCAACUAAAUUGUGUACAAAAAAACAACUUUGCCUCCCUGGUUAUUGACAACUCAUUGCAUUAGUAUAAGUUUGCUUAAUCAAGAAAUGGCGGAUGAAUACAAUAAGGUGCAAUGUAAACAUUCACUAAAAUAUUAUUUAAGUUUAUCGCUUACAUUUUGAUUGGAGACUGUGCCCGAUAGAAAUAAAAUUUGAUAUGUAAAUGUAUUUCUUAUCGGGCAUGGUCUCCAAAAUAAUUGUAAGCGAUAAACUUAUCUAGAGAUUUUGUUGCAAUUAAUAAACACGAUAAUGCAGUUGGUUUGGUCGAGCAUUUUAGAUAGCACGUGUUGUGGAUUUGUUUGUAAACAACUAUAGCAUAGGUUAUCUUGUUUCAAACGGGAAUUGAAAUAAAUAAAAGUAUGUUUUAUUAUUAUAAUUAGGGACACACUGUUAAUGUAUUCAAAUUAUGAGCCUGUGAAAUGUGCAAAUACUUUUAAAGCAGAAAGAAAAUAAUAAUUUUUUUUGAACUUUCUUCGAUUUUUGUAACCAUGAUGAGUUAUUGUAUUAUAAACUCAUCACUACCUAUUUUAUAACGAAAUAUACUGAUUAUUGUUUUUGAAACAGCACAAAACGUAAUUUAUUUCCUUUUUUAUUCUAAUAUUAUUUGAUAAACGACUAUAUAUAUUAGUACAGAAAUUCAAAUUAUUGAUAUCAUUCUAUAUAAAAGAAAAUGUCAGCUCGACACCUUUGUGGCCGUUCCGGCCUUUGAUUGUGAAUUUGGAAGUUGGAAUAAAUUCUCUGAUGAUAAGGAAAAGCAGAAGCUUUUCAUCAACCUCUUAUUUUCUUCAGUUAAUGUUGGAAAGAAAAUUAGGAGUUCGGAUAAAUUGUAAAGCAAAUUUUAAUAAAUCUAAACAAAAACAUUCGAAGAACACACACACACACACAUAUAUAUAGUAAAGUAUAACACACAAUUUUACUUUGGCAUCAGUAGGGGCAGACUCAGCCUUUAAUGUUAAUUAAACUAUAACCAGUUCAAGGCACUGGUCCAGUUGCAGGAGCCGAAAGAAAAGUAGUUCAAUUGUACCAGUCAACUCGAUGCAACUAGAGCAUCUUGAGACCAGUUUUACGUCCAGUGGAUCUCAACUUGGUGUAGCAGCAGUGGAAGACUGUCAGAAACCAGUUCCAGGCUACUGGAGCCGGAAGAGAGCCAAUGGAAGAUUGUUGAUAAUUUAUUUACUCUAUGAAACUUACAAAGAAGAAUCAGUGUUAACAAAAAAGUAAUUGUAUUUCUUCAUAGGGAAGUUGCAGGAGCCAAAAAAUAUAUUAUUUCUGUCAAAUGAAAACAGAAUUUUUGGAAAAUUUAAUGAAUUUUUAAAGAAUUAUUACAGUUGAUUAAAUGGUGGUGUGUUACUGAACCAUUGGCACAUAACUCUUUUCUAUCUCCCAAAAGCAGUGAUGAAUUCUGCAAUUGAGAGUUGUUUGUGUAGUCUUGGAACCUCGUUUUUAAUGAGGUUGAUUACGAUGUUUAAUUUUUCUGGCUGAGACUCAUAGUUGGAUAUUUAGAGUUCUGCCAGAUUGACAUCUUUCCUUUCCCAAAUCUUUUUCCUUACCUUGUCGCAUACAACAUUUAGAUGAGGAAUGCAACCUGUUGGGAUUUGCAAAUGCAAAUUGGAAUGCAACCUGAUGGGAUGCCAUAGUGCCAUACUCUGAUUGUGGUAAAUUGUACUCACCUGAUGACCUAGAUGUUGAGCCCUGGCCAGAAAAAUGUUGGUGCUGAAUCGUCACCAUAGUGGUAUCCAAUGAAUUAUCUUCGGCUUUCUUCUUUUUUGCAACUAGAUUUAUGACUGUGUUUUGCAAACCCAACACU